GAGUAAAAAAAAAAAAAAAAAAAAAAAAAAAAAGUGCUUGUGUGUGGGGGUUUCUAGGACCCGAACCUCACGAUCGGAUCUGAUCCGAUCACGGCCCACCGCGGGGCUGUGAGAGAAAGUUGACCAGCGUGGCGGCUUUCUCCGCGUCCGGCCGUGGUGUCUGUCUGUCCGUCCGCGCUCCGACACAACCGGGGUGGGAGAUCCAGCCGCACUGCCGGGUCGCGUGGGUCAGGGCUCUUGCCCCACCCUUCCACGGGGACACGAAGGUUACAAAAUAAAUCAUGACUGAAUCUGCAUCUAGCACAAGUGGUCAAGAGUUUGAUGUGUUUAGUGUUAUGGACUGGAAGGAUGGAGUUGGUACCCUACCAGGAAGUGAUUUAAAGUUUCGAGUAAAUGAGUUUGGAGCUUUGGAAGUGAUCACAGACGAAAGCGAGAUGGAAAGUGUCAAGAAAGCGACUGCCACUACCACGUGGAUGGUCCCAACUGCUCAGGACGCCCCGACCUCUCCCCUGAGCUCCAGGCCCGUAUUUCCACCUGCCUACUGGACAUCUCCACCUGGAUGUCCCACAGUCUUUUCGGAGAAGGCUGGGGUGCCUUUCAGGCUGAAGGAGCAAUCAAAAGCAGAUGGGCUUCAGUUUUGUGAGAACUGUUGUCAGUAUGGCAACGGAGAUGAGUGUCUUUCUGGAGGAAAAUAUUGCAGCCAGAAUUGUGCUCGGCAUGCCAAAGACAAAGAUCAGAAGGAAGAACGGGAUGGAGGCGAAGACAAUGACGAGGAAGAUCCUAAGUGUAGUCGGAAGAAAAAGCCAAAACUGUCUCUGAAGGCGGACUCCAAGGAAGAUGCAGAAGAGAGAGAUGAUGAAAUGGAGAACAAACAAGAUGGAAGGAUCCUGAGGGGUUCUCAGCGAGCCAGAAGGAAAAGACGUGGGGAUUCUGCCGUCUUAAAGCAGGGCUUGCCUCCUAAAGGCAAGAAGACUUGGUGCUGGGCUUCCUACCUGGAGGAGGAGAAAGCAGUGGCUGUGCCUACGAAGCUGUUCAAAGAGCACCAAUCCUUCCCAUACAACAAAAAUGGAUUCAAAGUGGGCAUGAAGCUAGAAGGCGUGGACCCUGACCACCAGGCCAUGUACUGCGUCCUUACUGUGGCUGAGGUUUGUGGCUAUAGGAUAAAGCUUCACUUUGACGGUUACUCUGAUUGCUAUGACUUCUGGGUAAAUGCAGAUGCUCUGGACAUUCACCCAGUAGGCUGGUGUGAGAAGACUGGGCACAAGCUCCGCCCUCCUAAAGGGUAUAAAGAAGAAGAAUUUAAUUGGCAGUCCUACCUUAAGACUUGCAAAGCCCAGGCUGCUCCCAAGUCAUUAUUUGAAAAUCAGAACAUAACAGUGAUCCCGUCAGGCUUUCGAGUUGGAAUGAAGCUCGAGGCUGCAGACAAAAAGAGCCCUUCUGUCAUCUGUGUUGCUACGGUAACAGAUAUGGUGGACAAUCGCUUCCUGGUACAUUUUGACAACUGGGAUGAGAGCUAUGACUAUUGGUGUGAAUCAAACAGUCCACACAUUCAUCCAGUUGGCUGGUGUAAAGAACAUAGAAGAACCCUGAUUACUCCACCAGGCUAUUCUCAUGUGAAACACUUUUCCUGGGAUAAAUAUUUAGAAGAAACCAAUUCUUUACCUGCUCCUGCCAGAGCUUUCAAAGUGAAACCCCCACAUGGAUUCCAGAAGAAAAUGAAGCUUGAAGCUGUGGACAAGAGAAACCCACUGUUCAUCAGAGUAGCCACUGUAGCCGACACGGAUGAUCACCGGAUAAAAGUUCACUUUGAUGGCUGGAGCAGUUGCUAUGACUACUGGAUUGAUGCAGACUCUCCAGAUAUUCACCCCGUGGGCUGGUGUUCCAAGACCGGGCACCCUCUUCAGGCUCCGCUAAGCCCUGCAGAAUUAAUGGAACCAUCAGAGACUGGGGGAUGUCCAACUCUAGGCUGCAGAGGGGUUGGUCAUUUUAAAAAAUCGAGAUACCUGGGCACUCAGAGUGGUGCCAACUGUCCCUACUCAGAAGUCAACUUGAGUAAGGAGCGCAUCUUCCCAGACCGCCUAAGUGGUGACACGUCUCCAUCUACUACUCCCUCGUUCCCAAGAAGUAAAAGGACGGACACCAACGAAAGCUCCUCGCCUCCUGAAACCAGGGAAAAGCAUGCCAACAACUUCAAAGAAGAUUCUGAAAAGAAAAAAGAAAAUGAAGUAAAGACACCAGCUGAAGCCAAAGUUGUUCGGGAAGAACCUACCCCUAGUGUACAGCAGAGUCAGCCACCCCAGCAGGUACCACAAGUACAGCAUGCUCAACCACCUCAGCAGGCCCAGAAGGCUCCACAGGCCCAGCAGGCCCAGCCGGCUCCACAGGCUCCACAGCCCCAGCAGGCUCAGCAGGCCCAGCAAGCUCCACAGGCUCAGCAGGCCCAGCAGCCUCAGCAGGCUCAGCAGCCCCAGCAGCCCCAGCAGGCUCAGCAGGCCCCAACAGCCCAACAGCCUCAGCAGGUUCAACAGGCUCAGCCCACCCAGCAGCAGGCUCAGACCCAGCAGGCCCAGCGGCGCUCAGCAGUAUUUCUCUCCUUUAAGCCCCCAAUUCCAUGUCUGCCCUUGCGCUGGGAGCAGCAGAGCAAGCUCCUUCCUACUGUCGCCGGCAUCCCAGCCAGCAGGGUUUCCAAAUGGAGCACAGACGAGGUGUCAGAAUUCAUUCAGAGCUUGCCUGGGUGUGAAGAACAUGGAAAGGUGUUUAAGGAUGAGCAAAUUGAUGGAGAAGCAUUUUUACUCAUGACCCAAACAGACAUUGUUAAAAUUAUGAGCAUUAAGCUGGGCCCAGCUCUCAAGAUUUUCAAUUCUAUUCUGAUGUUCAAAGCUGCGGAGAAGAAUUCCCACAAUGAACUGUGAAGACGGUGAAUUCUGGCACCAUCGGCUUCUGCUUUAUAGCUCAUUAUGUUCCUUCAAAGCACAAGGACAGCUCUAGCUCCUGAGUGAGAAGUCUUCAGAAUUCACAGGAGCAGCACUCCAGGGCUCCAUCUGUCCGUCCAGCUGCGUACGCAUUCUUAGGAAAUGCUUGAGCUUCUUACCAGCAACUGUCCAACAACAGUCACCUUUUGGUUCCGCUCACUGAGCUCAACUUACCUUUGUAAACUUACCUUUUUUGGAUGUGGGAGGAGGGUGGGGGAAGGGAGGCUUCAUUAUUUAUGGAUGGGGGCACAAUCAGAACUUUUGGCAUUUUGUAAACAUUGUCGGAGUCUCUUUCAUGUACACCUUCUUUUUUUUUUUUUUUUCAAAACUUUCAGAAACCUUUUUAUAUAACUGAAUAUCAACCUAAACCAAAUCCUUUGAACCUGGCUGGGUUUACCCUUGGACUGGUGUCAGUCAUGUUCGCCCUGUGCCAUAUUUGGAAUUGCAGCAUUAGCCAAGUGUAACGUUGUGAGUCACGAUAAUUGCCUAACUGUGUGUCAUCCUCUGUUGGGACUGAAGAAUUGUAAAUACAACCUUUCUUUGAAUCCACAUUUUUACUUUUGCACGUAUCAUGAAUUGUCAAAGGACUUUUCACCAGCAUCUUUACUAUUAUUAUUACCAAAAAAAAAAUGUAUAUAAAAGAGUGGAAUUGAAGAAUAAACUAUAUAAACCUACUUGGAUUUGAAGGAAGUAGCGUAUCUGGACAGAAUCAAUUUUGUACCUCGUGGUGCCCAUGUGUAUCCGGCAGUUGGCGUCAGAGGACUGUGCAGUUACACAUCCCAAGGGAUCUCGAUGAGGAAUUUGAUCUGUGAAGUUCUUGUGUGCAUCUCUGUAAAUGACGUGGAAGUAGCUGGUGCUGUACCGAAGAGGAUUCACUUGUUGCUGGAAACACUAAUCCUCCAAAAGCUCCCAUCUGUGCCACAGGUCCUCCAGGCCCAGAGGAUUUCCUCAGAGUGAGCUGAGAAGCAGAGCGAGCUCGGGACUGCACAGACCUGCUGUGACCCUCACAACCAGCAGACGCAGAAUUCGCCACGCUCACAGAUUGAGAAAGUGGUUCCCAAAGCCAUUAUUCGGGAACCUCUGAUGAUGAAAGAUUCCUUUUCCUAUGAAAUAUUUUGCCUUGAUUUCUAAGCAUCUGAAUGCACUUUAAAUGAGAGCCCAUGGUUAUUUAUAAACUCAUAGCUGGCAGUGUUUUGUUUGUAAGCGUGCACUUCUAAGGGGAAGGUAAAAUAUUUUGUCAGUCUUUGGAUGUACUUUCUAAUUCCACAAUUAGACAUUUACUCAAGGACUGAUUUAAAAAUAGAAAGUUUAGUAGCAUGCUGUCAGAACUCUGGGGGAAAGUCCCACCUCUUUCCAUGAACUCUUUAAUGUUUUUCUGAUGUAGGACUUCCUUUGAUGUGCCAUAGUUGGAGUCCUUUGCAUUUGUCAUGAUUCAAGGUAAACAGGGUCCGUGACAUCUGCAAUGUCCUCUUUCUUCAUUUCUCUGCAUGAAUCUGCUAAGUAAGCUUUUUAUUGUUACUUCUCCCUUUGUUGUGGUCAGUAUUUGUACAUUAACUUGCACUUGUUACAUGUGAUAUGAAUGAAAUAAAAUCUUAAUUGCAGA